AAUUUCCGGAGUCGAGUCUCCUUGGCGACUGCUCACUUUUUCGUUUCCAGCGUCAUUUUUGCCCAGAACGCUACGGUAGACCCCUCUGGGUUGUUGCUUGUGCUUUGCCGGGGACCAUGGCGCUAUCCUCCUCAGUUUCGUCCUCGGGAGAAGCUCGUCAUCAAGAAGGCAGCAGGAGCGUUGAUUCCUCGAAGAAUGUAGAAGACCUUGCCACGGCCAUUGUCUUUGGAAACCAGUCUCGGGAUUCACUCCAAAGUCUCGCCACGAAUCAAGACUCUUCGAAUUGUUCUCUGGAAACAUUGCCAUCGGACUUUCAGACCCAUUUGUGUCGCACGUACGAAAGCAAGAUGAUGCUCGUGCCUCUGGAUGGGCCGUAUUAUCGAAUUGCAAGCAGUGGUGAUGACACGGAAUCCGAUGACAGCGACUUCGAUUACGACACCGACAGUGACAGCGAUAGCAGCAGCGACAGCAGUUGCCUUUUGGAUUGUGAAAGCUCCGGGGAGUCCCGAUCCAGUGGAUUUCUCCGGGAACCCAUGAGGUACGAUAUCAGAUCUCCACAAUGUAACCAGAGCAAGAGUCUUCCAAAGCAGACUUCACCACCGCGUAGACAAGCCAUCCCUGGGAUCGCCACGAUUGCUGAUUUGGCGCCAAAGAUUUUGAACAAUCCACAGCUCAAACAGGAACAGACGACUAAUGGCAAGCGGAGAUCCUCUACGGCUCUACCCGACUGGUGGAAGAAACACAUUGCCCAAGAACGACAAAGGGGACACAAGAUGACAACCACGUCGAAUCGUCGCGCCUCUUGGCAUCCUCAACCUGCCCAGCAGGACGUGGCGACCAUGCAGUCUCCACGUCGUCACAGUAGUCUCGAGACGGAUCUGAAGAGGGUGCACCUGCCGAUAGCCGAGUCUCCAGGAGCAGAUGUACUAUCGCCGUCGAAAGAAGUACAUCAAUCAAACGUGUCCCAGCUGGCUUCACCGCUCCAUACAGAGGUAUUUGUGCCAAAGAUGACUCCACAAAGGGCACCCCCACCACCAAAGGUGCCCCAGUUCUGCUCAUUUCAGCCAAAGGUAUCUCCGCGAAGGAUGUCGUUUCAGCCAUUGGUAUCUCCGCAAAGGGGGUUUGAGUCAACUGUUUCGCAGUCAAGACUAUCUCUUCAGACAAGUGCGGCUCCCAAGGCAAAUGCGGCGCAUCAGCCAAAGGUUCCCUCGUACGCACCGACAUCACAGUCAACAGCUCCGGGGCCAUUGCAGACCCAUGUGUCUCAGACAAACAAGUCACCUCAAAAGCCCAAACAGGAAACUACCAAUGCUAUCCCAGCACACGUUAGGAUAAGGAGCCUAGAACGACCUACUCCUUGUCGUGCCGCGGGACAUUGCAGUCUUGUCACGGGUACUUGUCGCCAAAUCGACAAUGCGAAACAACGACCUGGCCCUCCUCCAGCAUCACGGCAUUGCAGCCUUUUCACUGGAACCCUGACCGUCGUUGCCAAACAGGAACAAGAAAGCAAACUCAUGGUGGCGCAACAUGAAACCUCGAUUGAGCCCAGCGUCCUGGGGCUGUUGCUUCUGGUAGCAACUGUUGCCUUGGACCUGCUUGGUUUAAUCUAGAAGCACCGGAUUGCUACAAUACUAACUUGAUAGGACGGCGGAUGGAUCGAUCGAUCGACUAUUAAUUGUGACGUGACUACGUACAGUAGGUGUAAGCAUAGAAAUGUAAAGAAUGUAUGUAACCCUCUAGCAGUAAAGUACUCCCUUGUCAUUGACUUCUAGCUAUCUACCAGAUAGAGCUGCGAGUUUCUACCGAUCCACAAAGUUUCUAUUUUGAUACAAUAGCGCCGCUCGGGUUCUUCGGUACCGUUGCGCACUGCCCCAGGCUGAACCGAAG